AUGGGAUCUUUCAAAAUCUUUUCUGUCAUUCUUUUCUCCAUCGUGCUCAUAGCUGAGGCUUCAGCUUCCCCUUCACUCAUUGGAAGAGCCGGCAACGGAUGCUCCGCAAGCAACAUUGAAACCUUUCGCCAUACAGUCAAGCACAAAGAAUACUUCUGUAACUGGUGGCUGUCAGCAACUCGCUCCAGAUCUCCCUUCAUUGAGUUGUUGCCUUCUGAGGUCACCGCAGUUUGCUAUUGCAUCGGCACCCAUGCCACGAACAAUAAGAGAUCUGUGCCCGCUAUCGAUGGUUUGAGUCUACUCGCAAAGAGAAGUGCCCGCUCCGAUUGUAGAGCCGAACUCUCGAGCGAGUUCACCGAAGCUCGGAACUUCUGUUCCUUCUACACGAGAGUCCCUAGAGCUUCGUCUCCUUUUGAGAAGUUUUCUGUAGCCGAUCUGCUGGGACUUUGCGACUGUAUCCAAGGAAAGUCUGUGACUACGAGUUUGUCUAGCACCUCCUCGAAGACCUCUUCGCGCUCUUCCUCCAGGUCGUCUUCGCGCUCCUCAUCCACGUCACUUUCCACGAGCACCUCGUCUGGCUCUCUCAAGGUUACAACUUCCUCAGAGACAACCUCAUCCGCCUCAGACCCUUCGACUAACCGAUCUUCUUCCACGUCCGCUAUGACCACUGGAACCAACAAUACCAGUACGACCUCGACGGCCUCGUUGUCUGUCAGCAGCGUCUCAAGUGUUUCUGUCAACAGCAGUACUGUAAUCAGCAGCGGUGUAUCGAGCGCAUUCUAUUCUAGUAUUACCAGUGGAACGUCAUCCAACAACACUAGAAGUGGCACUGUUGCCAAUUCAUUCCCAACAGCCACCGCAAACAGCACCACCAUUCUCACUUCGAGUAGCGUUCUCGCCAACGGCACCUUAUCUACAACUGGUGUGCCCAGUACAACUUACAGUAACGGAACCAGUGGGGUCUUGAUCGGUCCUACUUCGACUCUGCCGACGCAUAGCUCCUUCUCGACCUAUUCUCCGGUGAACACCACCAGCAGUGCUUCCUUUAACACAACAAAUCCGGCAGGUACGCAAGCUUCUAAUGGUCUCUCCUCAAGCAUUGCCUCUAGCGGAGCACCAUAUGGUAAUGGUACAAGCAGCACUGCUUCAGCUGGCCCCACUGUCCCUAUGGGUACAGGAAUUUCAUCCAGCUCGGUCGUCCUCGUCAAUAGCACAACCAGUGGCGUGUUGCCCUCGUCAGUGAUUACUGGUCCUAUGGGGACAGGUCCGUCAAGCGGUAUUUCCUCAUCUACCACAAGUGGUGCUCCUUACGGCAACGGUACAACCACUACGCGCCCUGUUGGUCCCACCGGAGUCGCCCCGACUGGUAUCUCCACCGCUAAGCCCGUUAACAGCACUACCAUCGUUGGUACAAGCCCUGAUAAUUCCACCACAACUGCAGCGUCGAGCGGUUUCUCUUCGAGCGCCAUCACAAGCGGAGGUCCAUACGGUAAUGGCACAAGCAGCACUAGGCCCUUCAAUCCCACUGCACCUUCUAUAACCGUCGUGUCCUCUUUGACUUCUAUCACGACCAACAGCAGCUCGAACAUCGCCACAGCAACUUCAAGUGGGUUUUCGUCAGGCAUCUCUCCAAGCGGAGCUCCUUAUGGCAAUGUAACCAGCAGCACUACCUUAAUCGGUCCCACGACGCCUGCAUCUACCAGCGUAUUGUCUUCGUCUCAGAUCCUUACCAACAGCAGUACCAGCGCGAUCUCAGCUUCAGAAAGUAGCGGACCGUCAAGCGGUUUCUCGUCAAGUGCUUCGACAGGCGGAGCACCUUACGGCAACGCAACCAUUACUUCCUUGUCUUUGGAUCCCACAGCGUCUGUUCCUGCUUUCAAUUCCUCGACUUCUUCCAUCUUGUCUUCAUCGAUCACCGCGUCGAAUGGAUCAAGUACCGCCUUCCCAAGCAUCACAGUGCCUAGUGGUCCUGUCAUUCCAAUCACGACAGGAGCCGUGAAUGGCACUUUGUCAAGCAGUAGCAGCAGCUCGCUAUUCAUCAAUGGUACUACUUCGUCAGAUGGAUUCUCGACUGCCACCACAUCUGGUGUCUCAUCCUCUGUCACCACCACCUCUUCAGCUGCAACGGAGACCUCGAUGAACACAACUAGCACUGGGAUUUCCACCGCGACUGCUUCAAGCAGCAUAUCUACGGAUCUUGGCUCGACAACUUCUUCCCAUGCCUCAUCCGCCAUUUCUAGUACGACACUGAGUGAACCUAGCAGUGUACCCACCUCGACUCAAGACGCCAUUCGCAGCGGCUCCCGUGUCUUCAUUGGACCUCUGAGCCCUGCCUUUAAGAACCGGGCGCUGGAGUCCAGACAAGACGGAAAGAAUGAAUACGCAACCGUGUACACUGGCCGCAGACAACCUCCAGCAUUAGGCUACACCUUCAACGAGACCUCCGGACAUCUCUAUCUGGGCAGCAGUAACAACAUUCUUAGCUACGAGAUCACCGGUUUCCGUUCAGAUUCAGUGCAGCUGGCUACUCUGACUCAGGAUUACCUGGAGAGCUAUCCAACGUCCUGGAGCCCGCUUCAAUGCUCAGUCACGGAUUCCACGGGUGCGCUUACCUGUACUGCUGUCUCUAGAUCUACGAGAUAUCGUCCGAGCGUGACUUAUUCUGUAUUCGUCGCUGUUCCAAGAUCAGGUCAAGCUGCUGCUGAUGUCUAUCUUUAUGCUGCGAACAGGAUUGAUGGUCGACCAUUGGGUGCAACUCAGGUGCCAUUAUUCCUGUCAAUGGACGGUGAGGGCUGGCCAUCGAAGAAGUAG